AUGGAGGAUCAACUUGGCAGUGCAUCAUCACGGAUCUCCCCCUUCGAAAUUACGGAGCUGCAUCCGGCACCGACGUGUUUAAUCAUCGAGGCAGGGGAUUAUCCUCGGAUACAAAGCUUUGCCGAUGCGAAAAACAUAUGGCAUAUCGAGUCCUCCAAGCUAUGGUCCAUAGCUACUCCUAUUGCAUUCAAUAUUUGGUGUAAUUAUGGGAUCAACUCCUUCACCAAUAUCUUUGCCGGACAUAUCGGUGAUAUUGAGCUUUCGGCUGUCGCCAUUGCUUUAUCUGUCAUCGCAAACUUCUCUUUUGGCUUCAUGCUUGGAAUGGCGAGUGCAUUAGAGACGCUAUGCGGGCAGGCAUUUGGUGCAGGACAAAUAGAAAUGUUAGGCGUAUACAUGCAGCAGUUGUGGAUAAUCUCAUUUGGGGCGUGUUUCGUGUUGUUGCCGCUCUACUUAUAUGCCACCCCACUCUUGAAACUCCUCGGACAAGAGCCCGGAAUCGUAGAUCUCGCCGGAGAUUUCACCAUGCAAGUUCUACCUCAAAUGUUCUCAUUGGCCAUCAAUUUCCCAACGCAAAAGUUCCUACAGGCACAAAGCAAGGUUGGGGUCUUGGCCUGGAUAGGCUUCGCUGCUUUCAUUGGUCAUAUUGUGAUAAUUUACCUCCUGGUUAUCGUGUUCAAGUGGGGUACUAUAGGUGCGGCAGUGGCUUACGACAUCUCUGCUUGGUUGGUUGCCCUGGCUCAACUUGUAUAUGUGGUAUGCUGGUGCAAGGAUGGUUGGACCGGGCUAUCGUGGUUAGCUUUUAAGGAUCUUUGGGGUUUCACCAAACUUUCUAUAGCUUCGGCCGUGAUGCUUUGCUUAGAAGUUUGGUAUUUCAUGAUGAUAAUUGUUCUCACCGGUCACCUUGAAGAUCCCAUCAUCGCAGUCGGCUCUCUUUCUAUCUGCAUGAACAUCAAUGGUUGGGAAGGCAUGUUAUUUAUAGGAAUAAAUGCAGCCAUAAGUGUAAGAGUGUCUAAUGAACUCGGAUUAGCACAUCCUAGAGCCGCGAAAUAUUCAGUGGUAAUCACGGUUGUACAAUCUCUUCUCAUAGGAAUACUUUCUGCAAUGUUAAUCUGGAAUACUCGAAACAAAUUUGCUGUUGUCUUUACGGAAAGUAUAGAGAUGCAAAAGGGCGUGGCUCGUUUGGCUCAUCUGCUCUGCAUAACCAUGGUGCUAAACAGCGUGCAGCCAGUUAUAUCGGGUGUUGCCGUGGGAGGAGGUUGGCAAGCCUUGGUAGCUUAUAUAAACUUGUUCUGCUAUUACAUUGUUGGCCUCCCACUUGGAUUUUUCCUCGGUUAUCGUACCCAUUUCGGGGUGGAGGGAAUCUGGAUUGGCAUGAUUUGUGGGACAUUGUUGCAGACGCUGAUCCUCUUGUAUAUUAUCUACAAAACUAAUUGGAACACAGAGGUUGAACAAGCAUCAGAACGGAUGCGGCAAUGGGGAGCUGAAAUGCACGUCCCCGCCCAUGGACUCGACUUGUCCGAAUAAAUCUAAGAUCUUAGAUUGUAC